AUGAAGAUGAUGGAAUGGAGAAGCUCGGCAGCUUUGAGCUCCAGACUGCAGGGCAUCCAAUACGAGCUCAUCAACUACACGAACACGUCCACGCUCGCAGCUGAUGGCUUUAACAUCUCGUCCACCUGUAAAUCUGUUAUGGGAUGUAUUUAUAGCAGAGCUGGAGAGCGUGAGACUCUCACCGACGGGCUCAGCGAGCAGCACGAUGAAGCUCACGUCGGUUUUCGUCGGCCGUACUGGAGCUGCUCUAACGGGUGUCACUCACCAGAGCUCGGCCCGUUUAACAAUGUCACAGCAUCGGCCACAGCAUCACACGAAUAUGGAGGUACCUGGGUCGUUGCUACGAGCCAUCCGGUCCUGUGUGCCGUGUCCAAACACUCGGCACAGAAUCAGACACCUUUCCAGUGGGUGUUGGCCUCUGCUUGGGGUUUCCAUGUCACAGAUUCUGCCGGAAGUAAUCAGCUGUUGCUGAAUGAAUGUGGGACAGAAGCAAGACGUCCACAAGUCACUGACAUCGCAGUGCAGUGCGGCACUUCGUCCAUCGGUCUGGCGAUUGAGAUCUGCCCCGUCAUCUACACCGGCUACAACGAGACCCUGCUGUUCCUGAACCACAUGGUGGACCCGGUCUGCAGGGCGACCAUCGAUGAGUCUGUGUCGCCGCCCGUCGCUCGCUUCAACUUCCCUCUCAACACGACCCACGCAUGCGGGAGCAUAUUCCGGACCACCAGUGCCGCGGGUACCGGCGUGUUCUCCGACUUCUCCAACAUCCAGACGGUGAACAUCAGCGGCGUGGUGCGGUCCGUCGACCCCACGCCGGGCACGGUCACUUACAACGCCGAGCUGAAGUACUACUACUCCUGCGCCUACCCGUUAGAGUAUCUGAUCAACAACACCCAGGUCGACGUGUCGGCUUCCUCCAUCGCGAUCAAGGACAACAACGGGAGCUUCAUCAGCACCUUGAGCAUGGAGCUGUUCAGCGACGCCAACUUCACCCGACCUAUGUUCAUUCCACAACUGGGGAUCGAACUCAGGACCACCAUGUACGUCGAGGUCAAGGCCACCAACCUGACGGGGCAGUACCACGUCCUGCUGGACCGCUGCUACGCCUCCAUCUCCCCUCUGCCCAACAACUCCAGCUUCUUCAACCUCUUUGUGCCCUGCUCACAGGACAGGUUCACCACCGUGGUGGAGAACGGGGUCAGCCAGAGCUCCCGCUUCCACUUCCCAGCCUUCCGCUUCAUCGAGCAGCAGAACGAGACCGUGUCCACCUACUACCUCCACUGCAUCACCCGGCUGUGUGAGAAGAGCACCUGCAGCGCCUUCAAGCAGUGCAACAAGCGGAGGAAGAGGAACACCGUGGGCCAGUCCUCGCUGGAUCUGUCCGACACGUACACCAUCUCUUCCUCGGAGAUCGUAACCAAAGCCAACACCCUUGAGUCCAAGGAGGAGCCCCUUGUCGCCAGAGAUGAUGGGGGCUCUGAUGUGGGGCUUGGUGUGGCCGUUGGCAUCCUCGGCUUUGUUUGCCUCGUCGCCCUUUGUGUUGCAGCUGUGUUUUACAAAAAGCUCAGAAACUAA